UGAAUAUAAAUUGGUAGAAAGGGGCCGGUUUUCAGGCCCCUCCGACCACCCUUGUCUCAUUCUCCACUGUCCCAUGACCCUUAGAACAUGGAGGAAAUUAUGGCAGUUUUUCUCUUAUAAACUCUUUCUCUCUCAUCCAAAACCCCAAGAAUAAAAGCUUUCCCACAAAACCCAUACUAGCUAAUCCUUGAAGAAACGAAACCAGCAAAACCAAAACCAGGAGAAAAGGGAAAAAGGAAAAAGAAAAAGAAAAAGAAAACCCACUUUGUGCACCAUCAUUGCAGCCAAAUCCAACUAGCAAAAGUUAUAGCCAUAAUCCCAAAUCCUCUGUAUCCUGUUUGAUCAUUUCUUUAAAAAAAAAAAAAAAAAUUGUUUUUUUCUUUUUUCUUUUCCUAUCCCCUCAGAUUCUGAAGCAAAGCAAAAGGUGUAAAAAAAAAAAAAAAAAAAAAUGGAGAUUGAGUUGGUCAAGUGUGAGUGUUGUGGACUGAAAGAGGAUUGCACACAAGACUAUAUCAGUGAAGUGAAAGCAAAAUUCAAUGGGAAAUGGCUUUGUGGGUUGUGUUCAGAAGCUGUUAGAGAUGAAGUUAGCAAAGGGAAAAAACUACAGCAAUUUGGUAUGGAAGAAGCUGUGAAAGCUCACAUGUCGUUUUGUGGUAAAUUCAAAUCGAAUCCAGCAGUGAGAGUUGCUGAUGGAAUGAGACAGAUGCUAAGGAGAAGAUCAGGGGAUUUGUCUUCUUCUACUUCACCUUCUUCUUCAUCAAAGAAAUAUUCGAGAACAUCAAGCACUUCACAAGUGGGAGAUGAGUCUUCUUUCUCAUUGUACUGAAGUUUGGGAAAGAAAAAUGAAAGAAAAAAACAAAGAAAACACAGAGAAAAAAGGCAAGGAAAUAUAUAUUUUCCUCUCUUUUGGUUGAAAUAAUUAUUACUGAUAGGUGCAAUGGUUUUUUUCCAUGGCUUUUUCAAAGUCUUCUCUCAAUCUUUGUUCUUUGUACAGAAGAUGUUAAUUCAAUGGAGAGACUUUUUUGUUCCUA